AAUGAAGAUCACGUGCCAUGCACCUGACCGUUUCUUUAUCUCUUCCUUGUGGCUCAAGUUACAUAAAACGCCUCUACUCUGUUUUCUUCUCGUAAACAGAACAAUACUCUCUCAAGAAAAGUUAACCUCAUUUUUCCUCUUUUCUUUCUCAGUCUCCCAUUUUCUUGAAAGACAAAGACACCCACCAUUUUCUCUCGAGAAGAUUUUGACUCCCCUGGGGUACGAUGAUGACGAAGAGUUCAGGGCAAAGUGACGACGAAAACACAAAAAGCAAGAUCAGCGAUGCAGCCAAAGUUGCUGCUAGAGACUUCUGGGUCGAACGUAACCGCUUUCGAGCUUUGGAAUUAAUAGAGAAAACGAUUUCUGAUCAUGGGAAUCAUGAAAAGUGUUUUAGUCACCACGAACUGCAAGGUGAUAUCUUCUAUUACCAAGCGAUGAAUACAGAUGACACCGACCUCAAAUGUGUAUACUUGUUUGCUUCUGUCGAUGCUUAUUCAAUGGCUACUCUUCUGUAUCCUUACGCUAUGAGCUCCUUUCCUGGCUAUGCUCGUUCGAUGAUCAAGUUGGGUGAUCAGCUUCGGAUAAAAAAGUUUUACAAGAAGGCUGUGUCCAAAGCAAAACGGGGACUGUUAGUAACGCUACCUCAAGGAAUGUCUGUGGAGGUUUUCUAUUUUGGCAAGAUAAAGACAGAACUUGAGAAAUUGUAUCAUCUUGCAACAGAGAAGAUGCAGGCGCCUGUGACUGUUUCUGAUCAUACAGAUUGCAAGAUGCACAUCUUAGAUAACCAUGUGCACACAUCUGAACCCAAAUUCAGUGCUCGUCCUAAGUAUGUGGAUGAGAUUUUGGCUGACAUGAUAUGCUGGACAGUAGAGCAUUAUAAAUCCACUGGAAUCUAUGAGGAUGUGAUGCCUAAGGGUGAUAAGAUUGUCUCUUGGAUUUUUGACUGCCCAGAAAUCGGUCAGGACUUUGUGUCUCAAAUGGCAAAGGGUGUACACAAUCGUGAGCUAUGGUUAGCAGCUUUGAGAAUAGUACGGUGUGUGGUUAGGAAAAUGGAAAGGUACUAUGAUAAGAGACACAUGAUGGUAACCUAUGAGAAGAUGUUGAAUGAGGCUAAGACCAUUUGUGACAGAGAAGACUCUAGGAAGAAUGAAAAUCAGCGGAGCACAUAUGAGUCUGUGCUUCGAAUGAAAUGUGAGGAGCUUGUAGGUAAGCAAGAUGAUGAUACAAAAUGUUUCUUGACUGUUGUAAGAGAUGUUUUUCAAAGAAAAAGCUCUCCAAGUUUUGAAGUAUUAGAAGAUAAGGAGGAGUGUAUAUCCAAACGCUCUACUACUGUCCCAAAUGAUGAUGUUAAGAAAAGUCUGUCGACGUUAAAGAAAUCGCUGAAAGAGAAGUUCCCUUUGAUUGAUUCAAAGAUUUUGCGGAACAAAUCUACGUACAAAAAGCUAAUAGAUGUAUUCCCAAAGCUAUCAGCAGUUGAGUAUCGGUUGGUGGUCCUUCCAUUCGUGAAGAAGUUCUUACAGGAUAAACUGAAGAAAAUGAUGAAAACAAAUAGCAGUUCAGUUGCUGCAGGUGGUUCUGCUGAACGAAAACCUAAGAAGAGACAUCUUUCAAAUGAGGGAUAAAAUUUUGGAGGGAUGAUUCUUGCAGAUGAAGAAAAACUUUUGAGUAGGAGUUGUUUAGAAAACAGUCUUUUAUGUUCUCGGAAACACUUUGGAUCCCAAAGAAAACUUUAUAUCAACAUUUGUAGUUUGGUGUUAGGAUCAGAUGCAUAUAUGUUUGUGUGCCUGAAGAGAGAUUGAGAAAAACUGGGACAUACAAUAAAAUGCACUUGUUGAU